AUGGCUGCUAAAAGGAAAAAGCAGAGCAAGCGCGGAACUCUGCCACCAAAUAACCCCCAGACUAGACGAAAAGGUGGGAAAAAGGGUGGCCGUCGUGGCGGAGAUAGCAACCGCAAGGCCAGUGGUGGAAAAAACUGGGUUGACUUAGAUUUCAUCCCUUUAAGGUCAGAAUUCUUAAGCGGAGGCUCAAGUGUAUCCCGCCGUUCAAAAGAAAAACCAAAGCGCAUGUCGGGCAAGCGUGUUUUACGGGAAGAACGAAGUGCCUUGCGAUUCCAACCUGUGGAAUUCGUCCUUGCUGAUGAAACCUAUGACCCCUCUGUUGUGGUACAGAAAAUGAUGCAUGAUUCUGUUGAAGGAGAGGUUGACCCUGAGGUGCUCAUGCUGGAGAACGACGAACGGGAGAAUGAGGUGCGCAUGCAGCAGAUGGAGGACACAGAGAGCACUGGCAUUCUUUCAGCCCAUGAAAUACCAGCUGUAUCAGAGCUUGAAACAGGCUAUAGUCCUGAUUCCUCUGGUUGUGAGGAUACGGAUCACCUGUGGGAUUUGAGCGAAGCAGCCCAGGUGGACUUUGAGAAUUCAUUGGAUGAAAUCCAUUUAGAUUCUAUGAGCUUAGGCUCUGAUACAACAGAAGAAUACACUGAAGACGACCAGAAUGGUGUAGCUGAUCUCUCUAGCAACGGAGAAGUAAACGACAUUGACGAAAAUGAUUACAGUGAUAUCGACACAAAAGAUGCUAACCUGGAAAUGUCUGAUGCUGAUUUUAUGGAGCUUACGGAUUCUUCCGGUAGAAGUGGGGAUAAGUCUUCAGAUUGUGACGUGGGCAAUUUCGAGGACGCAGAUGUAGAAUUGUUGCGAAGGUUUGCAAUGCGCGAUUUCGACGGCCAUGCUAGCGACAUAUUUGACGACUACGACGAUAUGGAUAGCGAAGAAGCAGAUGAUCUCAUACAACAACUGAUUGGGGGUAUGGCAGAUUUCAGCUCGUAUGAAGUUCCAACCACAUCGAAGCGGAAAGGUAUGAAGACUUCUUCGAAAAGAAAAGAACGGAAGAAAGCCCGUGAACUAGAGAGACUAACCAAUUUUGGUAAAGAUCCUGAACUCUGGCAGAAGUAUCCUGAAAGUAUCAGCGUUCAGGACGUUUUACAAGAGAUAAACGACUUUGUACUCUCGGAAUAUUCGCAGGAGAUUCGGUUCCCCCCGCUAGAUCACAAUGCAAACUAUUAUGUGAAAGAAAUUGCAAAGCUACAUGGCUUGGCAACUUUCAUGCAAGGAAGAGCCACUUUGAAAUGUGUUGUUGCCGCUAGAACUUCUCGCACUGGUCCUGUUCGAGAUUUUGCUCGCCUGCGUUCGUUGAUAUCGCGUCGCCAGUCAUUUUCGAGGGUUGACCUAAAUAUUAGGAAAGAUCGCUCAAGAAAAAAAGAUGCACGACCAAGUGCACGUGUCAGAGAUGGUGAGAUUGUGGGUCAUCAAGCAGAGUCUAUCUCCAGCGGUAGUAUUGGUCACAAGCUCAUGAAGUUGAUGGGCUGGGAAGAAGGGACCGGCCUUGGAACGAAUAAAGCUGGUAUUACAGCACCCAUAAGCGCUAAAGUUAAACUGAGCAAAGUUGGAAUUGUUGCUACUCAGGAAAGAGCCGCGUCUAGCGGAGUUUGA